AUGCAUGCUACAGACACUGAGGCAACAGAGCUUGCUGCGUACCAGCUGAAGGAUGUUGCCAACAAUUGGUAUGAAACAUGGGAAGAGUCCCGAGGGGAGGAUGCAACUUCUGCAACUUGGAAGGAGUUUGCAGAUGCAUUUCUUGAGCAUUUUCUACCCAUUGAGGUCUUGGAAGCUAAGGCUUUGGAGUUUGUGAGACUCAAACAGAAUGAUAUGAGUGUGAAUGAGUACUACCUCAAGUUCAUCUCUCUGGCUAAGUAUCCUCCGGAAAUGGUACAUGAUAUGAGGGCCAGAGUUAGGCGGUUUGUUUUGGGGCUUUCAGAUCCAUGGGGGAUCUCAAGCAAGAGGCAAUCGCCAGUUCUUCAGGAAAUCAAAUCAGGACCUGCUCCAUCUUCAGCUAGUGCACCAGUGCAGAGGUCCAAGUUUAACAAGAAAAACCAAAAUUUUAGAGCGACAGGCUCACAGUCACAGACUAGUGUGGGCUACAGAGGCCUUGAGUAUCCUACUUGUAACACGUGUGGUAAGAAGCAUCCAGGGGUGUGUCAUUUGGGCACAAAUGGUUGCUUUGGGUGCGUUCAGCAGGGCCACUUCUUGAGGGAUUGUCCAUCAACAAAGCAGAACAAUGUAGGCAAUGUAGCUCAGUCCACUAAUUCAGCAGCCCCUCAUAAUCUCAGGCCCAACAAGGGCAUGGUGCAGCAAAGUCUAGUAAUGCUGGCGGUAAUCGAAACUGCUUAUCCGGGAUCCACCCUAUCUUAUGUAACUCCAUAUGUUGCUAAGAAAUUUGGGAUAGAACCAGAAAAGUUGUGUGAACCUUUUGAAGUAUCGACUCCAGUUGGAGAAUCAGUUAUAGCAAGUUGUAUCUAUAGGGGAUGUCCAGUCAAAGUGUAUCAUCGUCUUACUGUAGCAGACACAGUAGGAUUGGAGAUGGGUGCCCAGUGUUAUUCUAAGAUUGAGCUCAGAUCGGGAUACCAUCAGUUGAAGGUUAAGGAAGUCAAUAUUCUAAAAACAGCUUUCAGGACUCGCGAGACUGACCAUGCAGAACAUCUCAGAAUUGUGUUGCAGACACUGCAGGAUCACAAGCUAUAUGCAAAAUUUUCUAAGUGUGAAUUCUGGUUGAAAUCAGUAGCAUUUUUGGGCCACGUCAUCUCAGGGGAAGGCGUGAAGGUAGACCUUCAGAAAAUAGAGGUAGUGAAGAAUUGGCCUAGACCCACCUCAGUAUCUGAUAUAAGAAGUUUCUUGGGUCUAUCAGGCUAUUAUUGGCGUUUCAUAGAGGGAUUUUCGUCUAUCUCGUCCCCUUUGACUAGAAUAACUCAGAAGAAAGUCAAGUUUCAAUGGUUGGACGCUUGCGAGAAAAGUUUCGAGGAGUUAAAGAAGAGGUUGACUUCAGCUCUAGUCUUAACACUACCGGGAGGAACCGAAGGGUUAGUUGUUUAUUAUGAUGCUUCAGGGGUUGGUCUUGGGUGUGUAUUAAUGCAUCAUGGUAAAGUCAUAGCCUACGCAUCGAGACAACUCAAGGCUCACGAGAAGAAUUAUCCGACUCAUGAUAUUGAAUUAGCAUUUGUGGUGUUUGCGCUUAAGAUCUAG